AUGAAGGUGAGCAUGGGCUUGGCCGCGGCGGCUGGCGGCGGGGGCACCACCGUCAAGCGGCCGGAGGACAUGUUCUCCACCCUCGACGGCCAGUUCAAGGAGGGCCUCGACGACGACGAAAAGCGAAACGACGAAAAGCUGCAAGAGCUCGGCGUCGAACAACUGAACCUGCGCCAGUUCAACUGUUUGCGCGAAUCGGUCUCGCUCCGACUCUCGCGUCUCGGCGCGCCUCGGCGCCGGCCCCUGAACGUCCCGGUGCGGCGCAGCAACCGCGUCAACACUGAUCCGGACCUGCUGAUGCGUGGCAUGGAUAACUCCGAUAGCGGACGCGAGCGGUCGCUCUCGAUGGAGAGCCUCUCCAGCGACAGCGAGGGCGGCUCGCAAAUCAAUGGAAUGAGCGGUAGCGGUAGCGGCAGCGGCAUCGGCGUCGAGGUUGAACGCGGCCCAGUUGGCGGCGCCCUCGUUGUUCCUCGUAUCGGGUCGGGAAUGACAUUCCUGAGCCCGCGACUGAGUAUGAUGAUAGGCGCGGAGGGCGCCGGACCCUAUGACCAGCCCCCGCUGACGGGGCGAAAGAAGAACAAGAAGGAGCGGUGGGCGCAGGAGCGGGAGGACAGCUUCACCAACCCGGACUCCACCGGCGACGAGUCCAUGGGCGGCGCGUCGGUCAAUGACGAAGCGCGCGAGACCGACCUGCUGCGGCUCAUGGUCAAGGCCUGGGAGUUCAAGAUGAUCUCGCUCGCCCUCAAGAACAAGGAGAAGGCCCUCGACCUCACGAAUAUGUACUUGGACACCCUGCCGCCGACUCUUUGUGCUGCACCGACGAAACACCUGCGAGUGCUCAACAUUAGCAACAAUCGGUUGACGGAGAUACCGCGUGCCAUUUCGCAGCUGCAGUCGCUGCGCGAGCUCAAUCUUUCCCUCAACUACAUCUCCGCCCUUCCCGACGAGCUUUUCCAGCUCACCCAGCUGUCGGUGUUGGACGUGUCGUCGAAUAAGUUGCUGUCGAUCCCUUCGCACGUCUCGCGGCUGGUGUCGCUCGAGGACCUGCUCCUGUCGUACAACGAGCUGGUCGAGCUCCCUGCCGAGAUCUGCUCGCUGUCGUCGCUCAUGGGGCUCAGCCUGCACCACAACGCGCUCGACCACCGCUCGUUCCCGUCCGACCUGUCCCAGCUCACCAACCUGCUGGCGCUCGACCUCUCCUACAACCUGUUCGGCGAGAUCCCGCCCCAGAUCUGCUUCCUCUCGUCCCUCCAGGAGCUGGUCUUCUCCUACAACAAGCUCACCUACGUGCGCGAGGAGAAGCUGCCGCUCUCCAAGCUCUCCAGCCUCCUGCUGCUCGACCUCUCGCACAAUCAGCUCACCAAGUUCGGCCCGGUCGCCUCCAUUCAAAUCUGUUCGCUGAGGGAGCUGGUGGUGCUCUCGCUCAACAACAACAAGCUGACCCUGCUGCCACCGGGCCUCUGGCGCCUGAAGAACCUUCGCUCGCUCAACAUCGCCGGCAAUCCGGAUCUGCUGACGCGCAUUCCCGAUGACAUCAUGAAGGCUGGAACCAAAGAGAUUCUCAAGUUCCUCCACCAGACCGAAAGCGACAAAAAGGCAGCAGCAGAGGCCCAGAAGAAGCAGCAGCUCGAAGUGUCCAGAGACAUUGGCCAGUUCCUCGCUUUGCCGGGCAACACGUCGCCGCGCGGAGAGAAAAAGACUGCAGGCGCGAAGUGGCGUGAGAGGAUCAUGCAGCUCCGCAAGAACGACGGCAAGAUCGACAAAGCCAAACUGCGGUCCGGGUCCAUGCCCAACAUCCGGAAGGGCAAGGAUGACCUUGACGUGCGGAACUCGGACCCGACCGCCAACGUUUUCGAUGUCAUCAGCCUCUCCUACUCGACCAAGAAGCUCUCCAUUCAUCAGAGUUCGGGAAUGUACAGCAACAUUACGCUUUCGUCGUCCUCGACCAAUUCGCUCUCGUCCACGGUCUCGCGGUCGCUCCUGGAGCUGACCAAUGUCGACAUGACCGCUUCGUAUGAUGUGAACGCGAUGAUUCUGCCCUGUGCCGACUGGUACAUCGAAGCUGAAGGGAUUGAAGAGGGGCGCGACGGGAUCGACGACUAUUGCGUCGACCUGGCCGAGGUGCCCGGCGUGCUGCUCGAGUCGCCCCGAUUCUUCCCUCCCUCCAAGCGCCGAAGCAUCAACCCGCGCGCCUGCAUGGCCGCCAGCGAGAUGUCGCUCACGUCGAAUGACUCCACGGCCCCGGACGAAUACGAGGAGAUGUACGCCCUGGAGCGCGAGUCCAACUACACUCCGCUGUACAAGAAAUAUUUCUACAAAAAGGCGCACGUCAACAUGAUCGGCGCCGACCCCACCCUGGGUCCCAUUGUGGUGUCCAUCACCAAGGAGAAGGACAGCCUCUCCCACGCCCAUUGGUUCCUCAUCCGCAGCCAAUACGGAUCGCUGCUCGGCGCUAUCGGGGACCCGUCAGGUCGGGUGUCGCGUAUCGCCCACUACCCCACCACCAGCGGUCUCCUGCAGGGCGUCAAGAAGACCACCCACCCGCACCUCCAAAACGCCGAACUUCAUCAGCUCAAGAGCGCGAAAGCGGCCAAGCAGCUCAAGGAUCUUGAGAUGGGGAUGAUGGUGUGCGCCCACAAGUUCGGGGUCAUCUACUGCAAGGACGGACAGAUCUCCGAAGACGAAAUGCUCAACAACGAGGAGGGCAGUCCCGCUUUCGAGGAGUUCCUUGCCUGCUUGGGCGACAAGAUCCGACUCAAGGGGUGGCACGGCUACCGCGGCGGCCUCGAUACCGACAACGACCGCAUGGGCAAGUACUCCCUCUACCGCUACUGGCGAGGCCUCGAGAUGAUGUUCCACGUCUCGACGCUGUUGCCCUAUCGAUCGAAGGACAAGCAGCAGGUGCAGCGGAAGCAGCACAUCGGCAACGACGUCGUGGUCAUCAUCUUCGUGGACGGGAAGACCCCCUUCUCGCCCAUCUCCUUCACCUCGCAGUUCAACAAGGUGUUUGUGGUGGUGCAGAAGGACGACUCUUCGGAGGAUGACGUCACGCGCUACCGUGUGGCCGUCACCGCCUCGCAACCCGUGCCCCUGUUCGGCCCGCGCUUGCCCACCGAAACGCCCGUGUUCGAGAAGGGCCGCGACUUUACCGAAUUCCUCUACACCAAACUGGUGAACGCCGAGCGGGCGGCGUAUCAGACGUAUCCGCUGUCGGAGCGCAUCAUCCGCACCCGCUGCUCGCUGCUGACCGAACUCAUCCAGCAAUCCCUCCCGCCCAAAUGGAAGUCGGUGGGCUUGCUGGCGCGGCGACAGAAGGAUCUGAAGAGCCGGUCGGCCUCCAACCCCGACAUCCCGGUGCUGCUCACCAAAGACCGCAGCGGCAGCGUCGGCGGCUUCUUCACCGGCGGCGGCGGCGGCAAGGAGCGGUGCGAGAGCUUCGACAACAACUACAACCACCACCUGAGCCAGUUCCCGAGCGGCGCGUCGUCGUCGUCGUCAUCGUCGCCAUCGUCGUCGGCGCCGUCGUCCGCCGGCUCGUCCUACGCCGCGAUCACGCCGCGGCUCGUACGGCGCCGGAGCGGCAGCGCCGAGAGCUCCACCGGCGGCGGCAAGCAGGCGGUGAGCAAGGAGCGCAGCGCCAGCACCGACAGCGCCACCAAGCCCACACCGCGCGGCGGCGGGCGCAAGGGCAGCAUGGACGCCGCCACGUCCUCCCUGUCGUCGUUCGUCUCGGGCGGCGCGUCGUCUCUGUCGGCCAUCUCAGAGGAGGCGGACGUGAGUGCCGUCAACACCCCGCGGGCCGGGCGGACCGGAAGCAGCAGCGCGGCGGCGGAUGAUGAGCAAGACGGUGGCAAGGCGACGAACAAGAAGGAGAAGAGGAAGGACAAGAAGGAGAGGAAGAAGGACAAGAAGGACCAAAAGGAGAAGAAGCAAAAGGGGGCAAAGCGGGUCCACAGCACGCUGGCCAGCGUGUAA